AUGCCAGCAGAGCCUGCAGCAGAGCUCGCUCCGGUCCCAGUGCCCGACAGCAAGAAUGCUGUCCCGACUCAGCCCCAGGACCCCAACCUGGUCUCCUGGGAUGGCCCAGCUGACCCAGAGCACCCCAAGAACUGGUCCAAAUAUCGGAAAUGGACCUCGAUCAUCCCCAUGUCCCUUUUCAACUUCCUCUCCUCCAUGAGUUCUGCCACCAUGGCCCCGGCCUUGACCAGCAUCCACAACGAUCUCGGCUUCUCUUCAACCUACCUCAGCAUCCUAUCUUUAACGGUCUUCUUGCUGGGAUCCGCCUUUGUCCCUCUCAUUACCGCCCCUCUUUCCGAAGUCUUCGGCAGGUCUCUCGUGCUGCAAUCGAUGAAUCUGCUGUAUAUCCUGUUCAACACCCUCUGUGGUGCUGCCAAUACGCCGAACCAGCUCAUCGUCUUCCGAUUUCUGGCUGGGAUUGGGGGCGCGGGUCCAUUCGCAAUAGGAAGCGGAAUCAACGCCGACCUGUUCAAGCCACAUGAGCGAGGCCAAGCGAUCGCCCUUUUCACAUUGGCCCCCUUGCUCGGGAUAAUCAUUGGCCCCAUUGUUGGAGGGUUUCUGGUUCAGUACGUCAGCUGGCGAUGGUGCUUCUAUGUGGUCUCAAUCGUGGGAGGGGCCACCCAGCUCCUGGGCCUCCCGUUCUUCCGUGAGACCUAUGCUCCUGUUUUGCUGCAGCGACGCUGCAAGGCGCUGAAGAAGAGUACACAGAAUCCUGCUCUCUAUACCGAGCACGACGGUACCUCUCUGCCCCGGCUUCUCCGCACCAGCCUAACUCGACCCUUCAAACUUCUUGGGACACAACCUGUCGUCCAGGUAUGGAGCCUUUACUGUGCUUUCCUCUGGGGGAUACUGUACCUUCUCAUCGCGACUUUCCCGGACGUUUGGACCGUCACUUAUGGUGAAUCGAUCUCCACUGGCUCUCUGAACUACGUCUCCUUAUUUACUGGAAUGGCCGUCGCCUCGCAGCUGGGGACCCGGUUGGCCGACAAGGUGUACAGGAGCUUGUCCGCAAAGAAUGGCGGCCGGGGGCUCCCUGAGCACCGGCUUCCUGUCCUUUUUGCCGGUGCGAUUCUUAAACAUCGGGGCGGCUAUCUACAGUGCCGGCACGCUGGUCGAGGUACUCUGCGUGACAGGCUACAUCAUCGACACGUAUCAAAAAUAUUCUAA